GGAACUUCUUUUUUUCAGCUAAACUUCACAGAGGAGUUCGUCUACGCCGUUUCUUCCUGACUCCGCUGCUUUUCGCUGAGCAACAUCGGCCGAUCUCAGCGUAUACCUCAAACUACAUGUCAGACGAUGCACUGAGGGUGGUUUGCGAUAAAGACCACCCGCUAUGCAGUGCUGGUGCUCGGCGCGCGGCUUGUAGGUAUCUGUUGGGUAGAGUAUAUUGAACCCAAACAUUAGGAAGCCGAAGAAAAGAGAACUGAGAGCAGAUAGACAGCAGGCCACGGUUCCCCCUCACACACACACACAUCACCACGGCCUUGAUGGUGAUGUAUGCAAGGAAACCAACAAGAGUCAGCGAUGGGUGCAACGACAGAAGGGAUUCCCAAUCCUAUCAGACCCAUAAAUCUCAGCCAAAGAGCCAGUCCAGCAGCCUUCACCGCUAUGACAAGGUGCGCGACGGCUCAUCAGACCCCACACCCCCUUUCAAGAUGCUGCGACGCUCAGACGAAAGUCCUGUCAGCAGACACGGAGACGGCACAGGGCAUGGCAAGGCAAAAACCUCUCAGGCAGUUAGAGGAAAAAAUGGGACCAGCGGCUCUCCUCAGGAGAACUCUCACAACAACAGCUCCCACCAUGGCCCCGACUCGCAUGCGACUCAGAGCAAGCCUGCAGACAGGCAACAGGAGCCAGCAGAUGACUGGACAGAACACAUCAGCUCCUCUGGGAAGAAGUACUACUACAACUGUAGAACUGAGGUCUCCCAGUGGGAGAAGCCCAAGGACCUGUUGGAGAGGGAACAACGACAGAAAGACCCAGUCAAGAUGGCGGCAAAUAGUUUCCCCAGGGACAUGGACUACAGACAAGAGGCCUUGCAGGACAAAGCCUCAACAAAGACCACAUCAGGGGACCAGUCCACAGCAUCCAACUCCGGCCAUUCCUCCUCUUCCUCUUCUUCUCAGAGCCUGAACUCUGCUCCUGGUGCUUUAGGUACCACCCCCUCCGCCGUGUCCUCAUCCUCUUCCUCCUCUUCGGGGCAGGUGCCUCAGUCUGUCCAAUCCCCGUCACCAGCACUGCUGCAGGACCCAGCCCUUCUGCAUCAGCUCCUCCCGGCGCUGCAGGCUGCUCUGCAGAUGAAUAACGGCAGUAUGGACAUGGCUAAACUCAACGAGGUCUUGGCAGCUGCUGUCACCCAAGCUUCCUUGCGGUCUGUGCUUCAUAAGCUCCUCACUGCUGGACCUGCUUUCAACAUCACUGCUCUGCUCUCAGCUGCUCAGCACUCCAAUCAAGCCCAGCACUCCAGUCAGUCCCCCGUUUCCCUGACAUCUGAUGCAUCUUCACCGCGGCCGUACGUCUCACCACGGAACGGAACGCCACAGAGCAACCAGAAAUCACUUCUGGGCGUGCACCCUGGCAGCAUCACAUCUUCACAAACAAGGGGCACCAUGUCUUCAGGUAAACAAGGAUCAGUGCCCCCCUCUCAGACCGCAGAGAAGCGCCCAGAGGACCCCAGAACUCUCCAGCAGAGAAGCCAAGAGAUUCUGUGUACGGGAUCAAACACAUCUGGUGCUGCGUUGGCCCAUGUCCCCUCCGCCAGCACCAGCCAAACCCAGGCCGACACCCCCGGCUCCUUCACCCCCACCCUGGCAUCUCAUUUUGAUGAGAGCCUCAUCAGACAUAUCCAAGGAUGGCCUUCAGAGAACACAGAGAAACAGGCGGCUCGGUUGAGGGAGGACAUCCACAACAUGGGCAACUUGUACAUGUCUGAGAUCUGCACAGAGAUGAAAAACCUCCGCUCCCUGGUCAGAGUCUGCGAAAUUCAAGCCACACUGAGGGAACAGAGAAUCCUGUUUCUGAGGCAGCAGAGCAAAGAGCUGGACAAGCUGAAGAACCAGAACUCCUACAUGGUGUGAGGACCUGGGAUGGAUGGACGGACGGAUGGAUGGAUGGAUGGGUUGAAAUACAGAUUGAAGAAGAGGAAUAGACAUGGACGGCAAGCUGCUACAGCCUGUUUAUUCUCCCUACCAGAGCAACUGAGAACAGCCGUUAGAAGACAAAUAAAAGACGUGGCUGGCGAGGUGAAGCUCCAUUAUCCUGAACAUGUCUUUUCUUCUCUUCUUUUUUUAAAAAUGUCUUUUUUCAGUGUCCACCACAUGAAUUGCUCUUGCUGAAAGGUGAAACUGCCCGUUCACCGAGUCGGACACUUUAACACGUGGACAUAGAGGACCUGAGGCUCUUUUCAAACAGCACCUUCUCGGACUGUGAACCUUGGAUUGUGUGUAUUGUAUUGGGUUAACUUGUUUUCUGGUGUGUUUUGAUGUGUAGUGGUCAGGAAAAGAUUACAAUUCAUUCUUGGGAAAAUUUAACUAAAACAAGCCAUGUCAUUAUAAUUGGUGUGACACAUUUCUGGGGUUCCCCAAUAUUCUGAAAUGGACUUAGUCAUUCAUUGAAAUGUAUGGAUUCAAUGGCAGUGAUGUUACUAAUGUUAUUUUUAAUUCACUAUACUUGUCCGUGGUUUUGCCAUCCCAGUGUGUCUUCGAGCUGGUUCGUUUUACAUGUCAUGAGAUUAGCAAAGACCUUUGGCCAGACCUUUUCUGAAAAUACUUUAAAUGUGCUUCAGUUAUUUUGUCCCACUUAAUGGGAUUCUGCAUCAUGGUUCCAGUGGUACAGAUUCACUGGGGCGUUUUGGCUAGCUAUCAAACACACUCCAGAUUCUUUUCAGAGCCAUUUAUAAAAAAAAGCCUACAUUAUUGGACCUAGGUUGGCUGCAAGUACAUUUGAGGGUUGCAUUCAUUUGCAGCCCUGCUGGCUGUUUUCUUAUCCCUUCCGCUAUUUGUUGUCUUUUGUGCGUGUAAUUAUCAUUUUACUUCUCUCCCCAGUCAGAUUGGGGAAAUAUUUCAUUCCUGUUGUGCAGCUUAGCAAGAGAUUUUCUAAAAGAAUGGAAAGGCGACUGAAUCUAUUGUCAUGUAAAGCUAAAUUAUUGUUGCACAUGAUUGAACACUUCCUUGUAGUCCUAAUGGAAAGAAGUUUUAUUUUUACAAAAUGGAAAACUCGUGUUUUGUUAAUCAUAUAUAUAUAUUAUUUUUUUUCAGUCGUCAUGGCUGCAGCCCGUUUAUCAACUGACUCGAGCCAGUUAUGGCUGCUUUUUUUAAAAGGGUUAAUUCAUGAUGAGAGGGUAAGCUUUUUAUUUGAGCAACACAUUUAAUUGCAGUCACACAUUUCCACGCCCAUGAAGCAACUUCCUUUUGUCUCUGGCCGGUUCUUUUCCUUGUCCCUAUAGUUUCCACCAGAUCUGAUGUGCACACUCUUUGGGGUGGAGGGUUGGGGGCUUUGUAUUCCAUAAAAUAUGAGAAUAAAAUAUUAUACCACA